AUGAGAUAAUAUAGGUCUUUAUCUUAAGUCGCCCUCUUUAGCAUUUGUAAGCUGAUCUGCUUUAUGUGUUAAUGUAUUUGUUACAGACUAAGUCCUGUGGACACUAAGUGGAGGCUGUUGCAUUAACAGACCAUGGUUGAUAAUAUAGUAAGACACAAUCGUUUGGUGCAGGGGGUUGAUUCAUUUUUUCCACAUAAAAAUGAACAAUAUGAAUUUUGCACAAACUCUAGUAUGUAUGUCUACUGACACACUUGUGUCAACAAAGUUAUCUGAAACAAAACAUACGUUAAAGAUGGUGCAAGGGUUUGUGGGUAAAGGAGCAAAUUUGUUAGCGAGCCAAGCCAAGUUAGCUAUUUUCGCGUCAGUUUUACCUUUUAAAGCGGUGUUUUAAUUGUUUGUGAUUCAGUUACAUUUAAACCGAACGCGCCGCAUGACCAUAUGUUAUCGUAAAGGUGUAAUUUUGUUUAAUAGUCCGAUCUUUGGGAAGGAAACGGAACCUCGCAAGACGAAACACAAGACUACAUUACCCAUGAUGCAGUGCUUCCAAAGGUUCAAAUUAGAGUUUACACUGCUAGAAAAGCAACCCUGUGUUUAACAGUUCUGAAAAUGCUGCAUAGUGCUGUAUUUUGCAUUAUAUGUGUUUUCUGGUUUUGUAAGACUAUUAUGUAGCUAUCAAAUCGAUCUUUGUCGGGCGGACACUUUAGUCUUUGCCGAUUUUUGUCAGAUAGCGCUACUAUGCUAAGCUAACAACUGAGCAGCAGGCGUUUGAACUCGCCUUAUGACUUUCACGGUGUUUUUUCACACGUUCUCUUCAAGGAUGAAUUAAUUACGCGUAAUUUAUUACGGGGUUGUUUUAAUAACUGAAAAUAUCGAGUUCUAUAAUCGUGCCGACCUCCAAAGAUACGAACACACCGAGGUGAGGACACCAUGACCCUCGCUCCGAAGGAGCUGUCCAACCUGCUAAGCAUCAUUUCGGAGGAGGCUUGCACCAACACCUUCGAGAGCCUUUCCACCCUCUUCCAUCAGUACUUCGGGAAAGUGGAGCACUUCAGGGUGGGCUCGGUGCUGGUUAUGCUCCUCCAGCAGCCGGACCUGCUGCCCAGCUCCCCGCAGCGGCUCACCGCCCUCUACCUGCUCUGGGAAAUGUACCGGACCGAGCCGCUAGCUCGGUGCGCCGCCGUGUCCGCCCCCCUGCUGACCCCCGCACCUGCCGGGGAGGAGCCGGAGAAGGUGCUGUCCGGCUUUCUGCCUCCCAUCACCCAACCAGAGAAGUUCUUCCUGUCUCAGCUGAUGUUGGCACCACCCAGGGAUCUCUUCAAGAAGACUCCCAGACAGGUGUCCUGCAUGGACGUCGGCAACAUGCCACAGUCCAUAGACAUCAGCGGGCUGCAGCUGGCCUUAGCAGAGCGUCAGUCGGAGCUGCCCACUCAGAGUAAGGCCAGCUUCCCCAGCAUCCUGAAUGACCCCGACCCUGACUCCUCCAACUCGGGCUUCGAUAGCUCAGUGGCCAAUCAGAUCAUUGAGUCUCUGGUGACGGGACCCUGCCCUCCACUGGAGAGUCACUUCCGGCCCGAGUUCAUCCGGCCGCCGCCGCCUCUCCACGUGUGUGAGGAUGAACUGGCAUGGCUGAACCCCACCGAGCCAGACCACAGCAUCCAGUGGGACCGCUCCAUGUGUGUGAAGAACAGCACCGGCGUGGAGAUCAAACGCAUCAUGUCCAAGGCCUUCAAGAGCCCGCUGUCAGCCCAGCAGCAGUCACAGCUGUUGGCUGAGCUGGAGAAGGACCCAAAGCUGGUUUAUCACAUCGGCCUGUCCCCGGCGAAGCUGCCCGACCUGGUGGAGAACAACCCUCUGGUGGCCAUCGAGAUGCUGCUGAAGCUGAUGCAGAGCAGCCAGAUCACUGAGUAUUUCUCCGUGCUGGUCAACAUGGACAUGUCACUGCACUCCAUGGAGGUCGUCAACAGGCUGACCACGGCGGUUGACCUGCCUCCAGAGUUCAUCCACCUCUACAUCUCCAACUGCAUCUCCACCUGUGAGCAGAUCAAAGACAAAUACAUGCAGAAUCGUCUGGUCCGUCUGGUCUGCGUCUUCCUCCAGUCGCUCAUCCGAAACAAGAUCAUUAACGUUCAGGACCUCUUCAUCGAGGUUCAGGCCUUCUGCAUUGAGUUCAGCCGUAUCCGUGAAGCUGCCGGCCUCUUCCGCCUCCUCAAGACCCUGGACACUGGGGAAAACCCCGCUGAGGCCAAACCUGCCAAACCGUGAUCCUGUCAGAGAUGCUAUCCAGACAGUGGAUGUCCUAACAUCCACCUUUAAAACAAGUUGAAGGACAUAGUCGGGGUUUCUGUGUCUCUGCAAAUCACAGCAGCUGCUGUAUUGUUAAUAUGUAGUGAAGUUUUCUUCAGACUGAAAUCCUCGCUGUGCUCACUGCUUCACUCUGCAGUCAUGUUCAUCCUCCAAACUUUGUCACCAGUUUCGCUUCACUCUUUUCCAGAAGUAAAAAAAGGAUCCACACAGUUCAGCUUCUCUUUUCUACCAGGACUCUCUUUGUUGGAAAUGAAAUCUUGCAACGUUUCUCUAAUUAAAGACUGAUAAUUGACUUUUA